AUGUCCGUACGGCCGACGACGGCGCCGUUGCGUAUCGGCCACGGCGCACGGCCGUUGGCCAGUGAGAGCCACUGGCUGCUGUCCACGGCGGGGAAAUGGACCGAAGAGGACGAGAAGGAAUGGAAGCGUCAACAACAUCGAGAGAAAAUGGUCUUCUUCAGACGCAAGAAGAAGGAACAGCAAGCAGAGCUGCGCAACCUGCAUCAGCAGCUCGAACAGCGUCUACAACAGCAUUUGGCCAUGCAGCGCCGUGCCGCGGCGCGCGCGACCAGAGAUCAACGACCUGGUCAAGCUGAAGAGAAGCGCUCCGCUGUAGUUCACUUAAUAGCGGAGACGGAAGCGCUUAAGAUCGAGAACACCGCGCUGCGAGAUCGCAUCGACAGACACAAGACGCUGCAAGAGAGCGUCGUCGAAGCUGGCGACGGGCUCGAGUCGGCCGCCACUGAACCGACCAGUAGCAUCAGUAGUCGAGAUGGGAGCAAUUCGGGAAGCUCGCUGUCUUCCGGCUCAUCGUCCUUAUCGCACAUGGCUUCACUGCAGCGCGGCUGGCGCGUGCACUUUUCAGGCGGCGAGCCGUCGUUCCACUUCCAUCCUUUCUCAAAAGAGCAACUGGACGCUGUUCGUCAAGGUUACGACGCAAAGUUCACGGUGUCUCCGCCUAUGGAACUUGUUGGCAACAUGUUCGGGUGGGACGUCGAACGUGCGCCACUGGUGCAACACCCGAGUCUGAACGUAUUGAUCGCGAGGGUUCGAUACACACGACGUAUUCAUUGUGCUGGAGGAUCGGCGCAUGCCACGAUGGACAAACUAGACUCCGACUCGUGGCCAGUGCUGACGACUCCAGAGCUGUGGCAGCGUAUCCACAACAACGUUGGUACGUCUCAGGUUCUGCAAGCGGUUGACGAGGACACGUACGUCAUCGCGCGGAAUACUCUGAAUCCCACACUCGGUGUCCAUGUCCGAUACCUCAACUUAGUAAGUCGGCGACGGAUCCAGCUACCAGACGGACGCCGGUCCGUCAACUACGCGAUGGCCGUCGUGACCUCUGAUGCCAACAAACGUAGUCGCGAGGCAGAGCCAGAAGCAGAACGACGUCGUGUACACUGGGUCAAUGAAGGUGGAGCGUACAUGACGCUUACACAGAUCGACAGAGACACCCUCGAGGUGGUGUACGACCACUGUUCCGGCUGUAUGAAUGAACAGCACGCGCAGUACUGCGUCGUGGACUGGGGCCACAUCGUUAUUCGUUGGGAACAGCUAGUGACUCCGUCUCGAACGCUCGCCUUUUGA